GUACUGUGUGGCAAAUAAUAAAACAAUGGUGCGCACCAUAAUCCAUCCUCUACUCUACUCUUCUUCCUUUGCUGCUUCUUCAUCAUUCAUACGUUCCGAAGGAAAUCUUCGUCUCUAUUCUAUAAAUGCAUCAUGGCUUCUCUUGCUUUCACUCCAACUCCAACCCCAAAACUUGAUCUCUCUCACUCUAAAGCUAAACCCACAAAAUCCUACAAUAAAUUAAUUAGAAAACCACCCCAUCUUUCUAUGCCUCAAAUCCAAUAUAAAAACUCCCAAUCUAAUUUGCAACAAUCUUACUUCAACACCAUCUUUUCUCUAUGUGGACAAGGUCAAAUUCAAGCAGCUUUCAAAAUUUUAACUGAGAUGGACAGAAGAAAAAUCCCAAUUGGACCCGAUAUCUAUGGUCUGCUACUUCAGGGAUGCCUCUAUGAUCGUGCUCUCUUUAUGGGUCAGCAAAUUCACUCUCGAAUUAUAAAAAUUGGUGAUUCUCUUGCAACAAAUGAGUAUUUAGAGACGAAGUUGUUCAUUUUUUAUGCAAAAUGCCAUCUUUUUGAGGUUGCAAAUAAUUUUUUUUCUAGAUUAAGUGUAAAGAAUGUGUUUUCUUGGGCUGCUAUUAUUGGUUUGAAUUGUAGAAUGGGUUUCUAUAGAGAAGCUUUAAUGGGUCUUUGUGAGAUGAUAGAUACUGGGAUUCUGGCUGACAAUUUUGUGGUGCCUAAUAUUUUGAAGGCAUGUGCUGCAUUGCAGUGGAUUUCGUUUGGGAGAGGGGUUCAUGGCUAUGUAGUGAAAAUGGGUUUUGAUAGGUGUGUGUUUGUUUCAAGUAGUCUUGUGGAUGCGUAUGGAAAAUGUGGGAUUUUAGAGGAUGCAAGGAAGGUGUUUGAUAAUAUGUCUGACAAGAAUGUAGUUACAUGGAACUCCAUGAUUGGAAGUUAUGUCCAAAAUGGGUUCGAUGUGGAAGCAGCACGAGUGUUUUCUGAGAUGAGGUUGGAAGAUGUUGAGCCCAAUCAAGUUACAUUAUUGAGCUUUCUUUCAGCUUCAGCUAAUUUAGGUGCAGUUGAAGAGGGUAAGCAAGCCCAUGCGAUUGCUGUUUUAGGUGGUUAUGAACUGAACAGCAUCUUGGGUGGUUCAAUUUUGAACUUCUAUUCUAAGGUUGGGCUAAUCAAGGAUGCUGAGUUAGUCUUUGGUAUGAUGCUUGAAAAAGAUGCAGUUGCUUGGAAUUUGCUCAUUUCUAGCUAUGUGCAAUAUGGCCAAGUUGAAAAGGCGCUUGAUUUGUGCCAUUUGAUGAGAUUAGAGAACAUGAGAUUUGACUCUGUGACACUGGCAUCCAUAUUAUCUGCCUGUUCUAUUAUGGGAAAUAUAGAACUUGGUAAAGAGGGGCACUGUUAUUGUAUUAGAAACUAUCUUGCAUCUGAUUUAGCUGUGGCUAAUAGUAUGAUAGAUAUGUAUGCCAAAUGUGAAAAAAUUGCAGAUGCAAGGCACGUUUUCAACUCUACAAUGAAUAAAGAUCUUCUAUUAUGGAAUACUCUAUUGACUGCUUAUGCAGAGCUUGGUGUAACUGGAGAAGUCUUGAAGCUGUUUUAUGGGAUGCAGUUGGAAAGUGUGCCACCAAAUGUGAUGUCAUGGAAUGCUGUGAUUUUGGGAUUUAUUAGAAAUGGCCAGAUCAAUGAGGCUCAAGAUAUGUUCUCACAUAUGCAGGCUGUUGGCAUCCAUCCGAACUUGAUGACAUUUACUACCCUCAUCUGUGGUCUGGUUCAAAAUGGUUUUGGCAAUGAGGCCAUUCUGGUAUUCCAGAAAAUGCAAGAAUGUGGGAUAAGAGCUAAUCUCCCAAUCAUCAUUAGCACAAUCUCAGCCUGUACAGAUGUGGCAUCAUUGCAAUAUGGAAGGGCCAUUCAUGGCUAUAUCUUAAGGCAUGACUUAUUGUCACCUAUUCCAGUUGCAACUGCUUUAGCGGAAAUGUAUUCCAAAUGUGGAAAUAUGGACCAAGCUAAGAGGGUUUUGGUGUGAUUUCAAGAAUACAUUCAUAUGAUCUCUGCCAGUGGAUUUGGUCAAGGUUUAGAAAUUCUUGUGCAGCAUAAGCAUCCAUAGAUGAGAACCAGAUAGAACACACCUUCAUAUCCGCUUCAAUGAUGCUGACUGAUAAUAUCUUGGUUUGGAAUCCGGAUGAAGCUUCAAGGUUUUCUCUCACCAUGCCAUGAGACACUGUGAGAUGAACAAGAUUAUUUCUAAACAAGUUUUUAGAUUUCAAACUACGUGGCCCUUUGAAAUUCAUAUACAGCUGCCGGGAGGUGAAUUUGUUCUAAAAAUUAAGUUACUUAAUGCAACUAGAAAGGCCUAAAGAAAAGGCUAGACGUGGCUGGAAUUCAAAUUGGCUGCGAACACCUUGCAUUUGUUGCUCAUGAUGGGUCACACACCGCAACUGUGGUCGUACAUGUAAUUUUUGUUUUAAUGUGAACUGAAAUGCAUUCGAACUAGAGAAAUUUCUUCCAUUGAGAACAAA